CCGGGCUGCGAGCAGAGCUCGCCCUGGGCCAGCGAUCCUGGCCAUUCAGCCACCACUGUCCCCGCUGCGCGCCCUCGCGCCUCUGCCUGAGAAGCCAGGCGCUGUUUGUCCACCGCAGAAGAGGAUGGCAAAGGUGGCCAUGGACCUCAACCCAGGAGUUCAGAAGAUGUCCCUGGGCCAGCAGCAGUCAGCAAGAGGUGUGCCUUGUCUGAGAUGCAAGGGGACGUGUUCGGGCUUCGAGCCACAUUCAUGGAGGAAAAUGUGCAAGUCAUGCAAAUGCAGUCAGGAGGACCACUGCCUGAGCUCGGACCUGGAAGACGAUCGGAAAAUUGGCCGCUUGCUGAUGGACUCCAAGUAUUCCACCCUCACGGCCCGAGUGAAAGGCGGGGACGGCAUCCGGAUUUACAAGAGGAACCGAAUGAUCAUGACCAACCCCAUUGCCACCGGGAAAGAUCCCACCUUUGACACCAUCACCUAUGAGUGGGCUCCCCCUGGAGUCACCCAGAAACUGGGCCUGCAGUACAUGGAGCUCAUCCCCAAGGAGAAGCAGCCAGUGACGGGCACCGAGGGCGCCUACUACCGCCGGCGUCAGCUCUUGCGUCAGCUCCCUAUCUACGACCAGGACCCCUCUCGCUGCCGCGGACUUUUGGAGAACGAGCUGAAAGUGAUGGAGGAGUUUGUGAAGCAGUAUAAGAGCGAGGCCCUGGGUGUGGGCGAAGUGGCCCUCCCCGGGCAGGGCGGCUUGCCCAAGGAGGAGGGGAAGCAGCAGGAGAAGCCCGAGGGCGCAGAGACAGCCGCCCCAACUACCAACGGCAGCAUCAGCGACCCGUCCAAGGAACACGUUACUUGGGGACGCUGAUAAUUCUGAGGAUAGUGUCAUCUGCCAUUCGUUGACGACCUACACUGUGCCACGCAGCACGCCAGAGGCUUCACACGGUGGUUUCAUUCAAUCCCAAGAACUACCCGGCAAGAUAUAUUAUCCCCCUCUCUAGCUGUCUAGCUGGUGAGCCGUGAAGCCAGAACUGGAACUCAGGCCUGCCGCACCUCAAACCCCGCACAGACUCCAAAGGACGGCAGCUCCCGCUUCCAGAGCCCCCGUGUGGCCCAGACACCUUGCGAGGCCCCUGCAACAGAGAUGACCGCACGUAAGCCUCGUCCCUACUCAUCAGCAUCCCGCUGUAGGGAUACACUUGUCAAAGCCGGAUUUGGGAACACCCCAGGCUGACCUUCUCUCGUCCAAGUGUCGCAUUUGGGAAGCCUUCCUGGCCCCAUCCUCCCCCUUCACCAGAUAACCAGUGAGGGAGACGCGGUUAGAAAUGCCUGCAUUCUGCCUUGCUUGGGAGAGAGCCCCUCCUCAAGGACCUGCCCCUAGAAGAUGCGGGAGACAAAGCACUGGUGGGCCCACGGCACUGACCCCACGUGCAAAGCAAUCCCCAAGAUCAGGGCCCACCGUGUGUCACAGAUGCGGAAACUGAGGCUCGCAGAUCCCCCCAGAUGAAGCUACGGCGGGACCUCGUGCAAAGGCCGGGACCCUAACCGCAGCGCCUGCGGCCACCCACCUAUUCUGCACCAUAAGGAACCUCGGGAAGGUGCCCGUGUGGGGCAAGAGAACGCAAGAGGCUAAAGAUGCCAGCCGUGACACUGGGCCAGAAAAGAGGGAAAAAACCCAAAAAACUGCCGAUAGACGAGGCUGCAAAGCAAAGAUGGUGAAUAAUCGCCAUAAGAGGAAAUGGAGAGAUGCUGUUUAUAAAUAAAUUGUUGAGUAUUUGUGUUGGAAAGAACCCAGUGCCUGAAUUCAAGGCCCCUGAGUCAAUAUUUACUGUAUUGUAAUGGUGCGCUUUUCACAAGGCAAUCUGGGUUUAGACUGGGGAGGCCUUUGGAUAAGGGCCUUCCAGAAAAGAACCGCAUGAUUGGAACAGAACUGCUGGCAGCCGCGGCAGACGGAUUACGGCUGGUUUAACGGGCUCUCAGCAUCUGCAGAUCUGCCCCUGAAGGCCAGCUCGGCUCAUCCCUGGAGACAGCUCUUUGGCUGUGGAACCCGGGGCCACUGUCCUGAAUCUGCUGCUUCCUGAAACACUCUGUGUCUAGGUUACUUCCAUUUCAGAAGCCUGAAUAACUCUGCGUGCCCACGUGUGCUGCUCCUGUUACCUGGGGCCGCACAGCAAACCACCCUGAGAUGCUGCGGCUUAGAACACCUGUUCCAAAUCGUCUGUUUUCUCGCAGAUCAGCAACCUGCGCAGGGCUCAGCGGGAGAGCUUGUCUCUGUCCCUGACAUCUGGGCUUGAUGCUUGGAAGACAGAUACGGCUAGGGCUGGACCAGCGGGGGCCCCGGCCUCUCCCUCUAUCUCUGUGUUUUCUCCGUGUGGCUGCCCUAGGAUGCGGGUCUCAGGACUCCCAAGAAAGAGCCAGUGGAAGCUGUGUUGCCUUUGUGACCUACCUCAGGGAUCUACAGCAUCCCUUCCACCACAUUCUGUUCUACAGAAGCGAGUCACUACGGCGGGACCAUAUGCAAAGAAAGGGAAUACGGGUAUUGGUUGGAGGAGGGUCCGAGAAGUUGCCGGCAUCAUUUCCACACCUCACGGCGGAGGGAACCCCAGCCCUGCAGGGUCUGAGCUUUGCAGGCAGCUGAAUCUAGAAUGCUCCUCAGCUUUCUCAGUGCAAGUGUUUACAAAAUCCCGAAGUACAGAAUAUACGAACUCUUUCAUUUAGACGCUUGUGAUGAAGAAUCUCUCACCAUUUGAACGGGGCAAGACAGAACUUCAGUGGCACCCGGAGAAACGUCACAUGUGUUCUACCUACGACAGGUCUGUGCUACAGCUCCUUCCCCCAGAGGGACCACAGUCUGCAAACUAGGUCACGAGGCAAAGGCUGGACAGAUUCCCAUGAGAAGGCUCUAGUUUUAGACAGUUGGGAGUCUGAAUGAGAACCCACUGACAUGCUAAUGAUCAAUGGUCUUCUCUGUGCCUUUUAGCCUAGUUCCAAAGCACUUCUACUCGACCAAAAGUGGCUUCUCUAGAGGGGAAGUCACCUGGGAAUGACCACAUUGGGCUUUCUUCAAAAUGGUCUAGAAUUUAAGCAUACCAGGAAUUCAAAUUGGCUUUUGCUGUCAUGGAACCUAAUUGGUCAUGUCAUUUUUGCUGAGUUCUUAUAUAAGGUCAUGUUCAAACGCUCUAUGACAGUGGGUCUCGAAGUGCGGUCCCCUGACCAUACCAGCAUCCCCUGGGAGUCUGAAAAUUCCCCUGCCCCCUCCCAGACCUACUAAUCAGACACUCGGGGUGGGGAGAUGCAGCACUCUGAGCGGCCCUCUAGGGAUGCUGGGGCAGACUCGAGGCUGAGAACGCUGUCUUGGAGGGGGUGGGAUGGGAGAGGGAGAAAAGCAGGCCCACCAAGGCGGGCACUGAUUGUAGCUGAGUCUGGGGUAGUGACAGAAGAUGAAACUCACAUGAUGUGAUUCUCUGGCCUUGCACAGAGGGAAAGAACAGAGAUGGAAAAACACAGAGCUCAUGGGUGGGAGGAAUGACCUCUUGCCAAGCUACGUGCUCAUGGUGCUACUGAAAGGAACCCAGGCCUCCAAACCAGAAGCAGAUGCUGCCUUCGACGUCUUUGUCAUCUUAGGAAAUGGAUUUAGCUCCUCAACUUUCUAUAAGGAGGGCUUUGUAGGGAUAACAGGAGAUUUUCGCUAAUUAUUACUGAACCCUUGUCAAGUUCAUUAAUUCUAUUAUCUCAUUUAAUCCAUGCAACAGACCUGUGAUGUUCCGAGUAUUAUUUGGCAGGUGAAAAAACUAAGGUGCAGAGAGGUUGGGUAACUUGCCCAAGGUCACACAGCUAGCCCCCCUCUCAACCACCCACUGCAAUUUAGAAACUGUAAACCUCCCUUCCAAGGAUGGUAGGAGAAUAAGUUUGUGCAGAGAAGGGCAGGACCAGGAUCACAGGACCCCAGGCAGGCUGGGCAGUCGGACUCUUGGUUGUGAGGUUGCCCCUAGUGGCUGAGGGGCCACCAGCUGACAGAGCCGAGACACUGUCAGAUCUCUUGUCCUUUGAGACCACAGGGAAGGGGGCAUGGAAAAUAGCUCAGAGGCCAGAAGAAGAAAUUGCUUCCUGAUGCAUGUUGACAGGACUCAUUACUCUGACAGCAUGUUUCCAUAAAACGUCAAUGACACUGUUUGCUUAAAAAAGGACUGGCUACUGGUGGUAACAGGGUGCACAGCCAGGGAUGCUGGGGGCCAAGGAGGGAAGAGACACUCCUCAGAGAGGCUCCUGACAAAGCCCAUUCAGACAGUGCCCCCAGAGUUAUCCCCUCACAGUGCAAACCACACCCCAGCACUCCAGAACCAGCAGUGGCUUCCCACUAUCUCCAAAGUGAAGUCCCAACCCACAGUUCAGAGUCACCCGUGAUCACCCCCAAACCGCUUCCUGACCUCACAUCCCUCUAUUUCCUUCUGUGGGUCGCGGGCGCCUGCUGGUACCCACCAGACACAUCCAGGUGCGUUUCUAUCCCUCCCUUUCCCCACUUCUGUGUUAGGCACAUCUGGAAACUUGGAGUCAGGCGCCCCACUGAUGUAUCCUGGUGAUACUCGACCAGGUGUGGUGGAUGGACAGUAAGCCCCUUCUGUGUGGGAGGAAAGGGGCCGGAAAUUUCAUUCUGUGAAAUUUAGAAAGACCAACAGACAGAAAAUUCACUUGCUUCUCAAACAGCCCUCACCAGACAGUUUACACUUCUGGAGAUGUGACAGUCAAUGCACGCGGAUCCAUCACCUAUUUUUGGUUUGUUUUGUUUGUUUGUUUUUAAUUCUUUGCCACACGGUGAGGCUUGCGGUAUCUUGGUUCCCCCACCAGGGAUCGAACCCGUGCCCCCUGGUGUGGAAGCGUGGAGUCCUAACCACUGGACCACCAGGGAAUUCCCCAUCACCUAUUUUCGGUUCAGACCCUCUGAUGAGUUCCAGGCGAGCUGGGGCUCAGUCACAUACAGAAGGACAGGGUUCACUUUGGUGAAGGACUCACAGCCGUCAUUCUUGUGGGCAUAACUGAAACCAAAACUCCAGCACGUUCUAAGGUACGUCAUCAUCAGGCAGCCAGGAGCAGUUAACCAGACACACUCCUCACCUGAACACGAGCUCAGCCACGACCGUGCUUAGGGACCACACUCAGUACGUGGACGGAUUCUGUCAUUUGGUUUUCUUUCCCCAAUUGCCACCAUUUUAAUUUUUAUUUCCUCUUCGUACACAAGAGUAUAUUAAGUAUGCAGUUAAAGUAUGUAAAGAAUUCUAAGUGUUUAGGCUCUGAAUAUAGGCCUAUUCAUCUUUACACAGCAAAACAAUAAAUAUCUCUAGUUGGGCUGACACAUAAUUUGUGCUUAGUAAGACAGAGUGUUCAUCUCAAGCCGGGGAUCAGUAAAUGUUUUCUGUAGAGGGCCAGCUGAUCUAUCUCUCAGGUGUUGUGGACCAAGAGCCGGAGUUGACGAUACCACGUAGGUACUUUAUGUAACAAGAGAGAAAAUAAAUAUCCACAAAUUUUUUUUGAAAUUCAAAAUACAGUAGUAUAAUUAAGACAGGUUUCUGCAAUACAGGCCGUAUUAGCUAGCUCAGGCUGCCAUAACAGAACAUCGCAGGCCAGGUGGCUUAAACAACAGAAAUGUAUUUUUUUCCCCAGUUCUGGAGACUAGAAGUCCAAGAUCAAGGUGCUGGCAGGGUUGGAUUCUGGUGAGACCCCUCUUUCUAGCUUGCAGAGGGCCACCUUCUCACUGUACCCUCACAUGGCCUCCCCUGUGUGUACACCCAGAAAGAGAAAGAGACAGCCAUCCAUCUCUGGUCUCUCUUCUUAUAAGGACACCAGUCCUAUUUGAUUAGGGCCCCACCCUAAUGACCUCAUUUAACCUCAGUUAACUCCUUAAAGGCCCCAUCUCCAAAUACAGUCACAUUGGGGGUCAGGGCUUCAACAUGUUAACUGGGGGAGGGGCACCAUUCAGUCCAAAACCCCAGUCUACUGUGAGAAGAAUGGAAUUCUUUUUUGGGAGAAAACAUUUCACUAAAUUAGAGUUCAGAUGUAAAACCCAUUCGACGCUGAUGGUUCCUACAAGAACAGGCAGAGGCAGGUAGUUUGCUGACCCUGAUGUCACGGCCGCACGGUGGAGCAGAAAGAACCUUGGCUUUGGGGUCAGGCUUGGCCUGUGUUCAAAUCCCAGCUUUGCCUUUCGUCAGCUAUUUCUACUCGGCAGUCACUGAAUCUCUGUGAACCUGGCUUUGGCCAUGUCUGGGGGGAAAUACAGGUCUCCUUAAAAGGGAGAUAAGUCUAGAAGGGCAAGUAACUCUCUCGGGUUUCCGUAAGGGUGUCAGUCGGGAGGGAAAACACCUGAGCUGGACACACAACUGCCCCAGGGAGAUGCCAGCCAGCAUCAUCCUCGUCAUCAGAGCUCUGAGGAGGUGAGAACUCCAAAAUGACUGGAUUUUACAGAACGAGGAUGUCGUCUGGAUAGGACGUGAUGAGAACGGCCGUUUAGCUCUGUGGUCUUCCUCCCAGUGCAGUGCAGUCAUGAUAAUAACAUCAGGCGAAUCCCAACUGAGGGACAGUCUACCAAAUAUCUGACUGGUACUCCUCCAAGGUUAUGAAAAACAAGGCAAGUCUGAGAAACUGUCACAGCCCAGAGGAGCCUAAGGAGACAUGAUCGCUACCUGUAAUGUGGGAUCCUGGAUCCAGUCCUACAAGAGGAAAAGGACAGUAGGUAGAAUCUAAGCACAUCUGGAUAAAGUUUGGACUUCGGUUAAUAACAACAUAUCAAUACUGGUUCAUUGAUUGUGACAAGUACACCAUAUUAACGUAAGGUGCUAAGAACAGAGGAAAGCACGUGUGGGGUAUACGAGAAUUCUCUGUACUAUGACGACAAUUUUUCUGUACGUCGAAAACUGUUCUAAAAUUUUAAGUUUAUUAAAAAUGAAUCCUCCAUAGGUAAAAGAGCCAUUCAAAGUGCCAGGUGGACCAGUGGGUUUUAAUGUAACCGGGAUGAAAGGGUGGUUGAUACUCUACACUAACUAACCUUUGAGAAACUAACACCUGUCUAAUUUUGAUGUAAUGGCAAAGAAAAAUACUCCACAGUUAUCUAGAAAGGCUACUUAAAAUGCCUGCCUCCCUUUUUCAAUUUCUAAUCAGUGUAAGGUCAGAUUUUUUUUCAUCUAUUUCAUUGAAAACCACAUGAUGCAAAAGAUAAAAAGCUAAAACAGUUAUAAGAAUCGAGAAAUCCUCUACUGAGCCAGUCAUGAGAGAUUUGCAAAAAUGUAACCAAUGCCACACUCUGACUCAAUUUUUCUGUUUUGGAAAAUAUAGUUAUUUUUCAUUACAAAUAUUUAUGUUAACAUGCUGUUGGUUUACUGUUUUUUAAUGAAUUAAUAGUUAUUUAAUUUUUUUCCUCAGUUCUAAUUUCUUGUAUGGUAAAUAUCAAUAGCUAUUACCCACAUGAACAAAAACUCUUUGGGCUUCUCAAAAAUUUUUAAGAGUCUAAAGGGUCUUGA